AAAUAGUAUAUUUUCUCUGUCGUAAGGCCUGGCGCAUGGUCAUUUGUCAACUUUAAAACAACAAUUAGUUUGUUAUUUAUUUAAUUUAUAAAAUAUAUAAAUAAUCUUGUGUUCAAAACACUCUGUGGUAAUUCAUUACCACUGAAAAGCUUUACUAUUAUUAUUUUUUUUUUUUUUUGGAAAAUGUAAUUUUGAUUGAAAUAUGAAAUCCGCAAGAGAAAUUUUCCAGUUGCUUUCCAGAGUGCAAAGAAAAUUGAAAGCUAAAAUCCCAAUUGUGAGUUUUAUGUAAAGUGAAACAACCAACUCAAAAGUGAUUGUUGUGUAAAUAAAAACAAAUGUGAUUGUUGAAUCAAAUAAAUUCGUUAAAAUUGUUUAUUAUUUUACAUAUUUAACAACCGCAAUAAUUUUUUGUUAGUAAAUUUUACAUACAUAUUAAAGGAGCAGCGCAAGAGAUCUGUGAAUCAAGAUUUCAAUUAAACGAUAAACUGGAUUUGUCGGUGUAGCAAGAAGAAGGGUGAGAAGAAACAAAUUGUCGGCGCCAAUUGUUUCGUAUGGAGCACUGAAGCAAAGCGGUAGGGGGUGUAUAAAGAUCGAGCAUUGCUCGCGCUGUGUGGUUCGUUGCUCGGUUUUCGCCUUGGCAGAGCGUCCAAUGUGCUGCGGAUUUUAACGUUCAGUGGUUGUUUGGUUUUGCCACGGUUGUUUGACGCACGCUGCGCGGCAAGAAAACUGUUGUGGCAGUAAAAAACAAGUUAGCACGCAAUGGCAUCGGCUAUAUGUUGGCAGUGCUUGAUUCAGUGGGCACAGGUAAAAUCUUCACGGAAAAAAUAAUAUCGAAAGCAUUAAUAAAACAACAAAAACAGAGCUUACUACGUGAGUGGUUUCGGUUUGUAGACGGUGAAGUUUUAUUUUUAUUGCCUGGGUUCGUGUAUACUGUGGGUUCGUGCUGCUUGGGUGAUUCAGCCUCGAGAUCAAAACUAGCAUAGUCUGCAGUAGCGAAAAGAAACUACGUUCAACAUUUCAGCAGCAGGCAAAGAAUUUGCCUUCGUGCAACAAAUAAAGACGAGUUCAUAGACGGCUACAUCAAUUUUGGCAAAGACAAAGCCAGUACGUCGCUCGGUUAAAUUAAAAAAAAUAUAUUUGUAUUUAUAUUGAAUAUACCUCUUGUUGUGGCCGUCUUAAUAGAAUUGCUUCUUAACACAAAACUGACACCACAUUCGCUGUUAGUAUAUGCAAACAUAUACAUAAGAAAUGGAAAUUCUUAUGAAAUUAAAAUGCUCACCAUCUGUACCGAACCACGGCAACAGUACCACGCACUCUACCUUAAAAGUCGUUGACCAUCAUCAUCAACUAACUCAACAACAUGCAACAUUACCAGCACCUGCAACAGCAACCCCACCAACACUCAUUCGUUUGCCAUCACAAACAAACUUAACUUAUGGCUCCCCACCAUCAUUGCCGUCAAUCGCUAUUCAAACCCUACCCAGUGUACCAUCUAAAAGACCAUGUUUGAAUUAUCCAAAGUCUUUGGAGUGCUGCAAUAUAACUGCUACCCAACAGGGAAUUGAAAUAUUUAGCUUACCAUGGAAUCAGCAAGGUCGACGGAACGUUACAUAUGAAGUUUCAAUGCAAAAACAGCCAUCUUGUUGCUCAGAUAUCAAUGCCAGCAAUUUAUUCGAAACACCUGCAUGUUGUAGUACAUAUGGCACAGUUCCGACUGCAUCUCAUUCAAAUGCCACGGAGCAACGAGCACAACCUCCGCCACUACAGCAAGCACCUACAUUUCAAUUUGCAUCUUCUGGAGAUUUGUCCGAAAAUGAUUCAGCGGCAGAUUUAAAUACACAUUACGAAUAUCAGGAACCUGAAGAAAAUUUUAUCUCGAUAGAAGAUACUAAAAUAAAAGGUUUUUUGAUAAAAAUUGGCCGAGAAUGUGCUUUACAGAAAAAGAGAAAAAAGUCCACAGACCGUGUAAUUGAAUCAGUUCAUAAAGCAAAAGAGAAUCAAGUGGAUUUUGAAAUUAUUGAUUUAGAUGAUGAGGAUGACCGAGAGGAGCUUCGUCAAAUAAUGCAUCAGGUGGAAAAAGACACUCUUAAAAAGGAUGUACAACAUAAUGUUCAGCAUAUUGCUUUGUCAGAUUUAAAUAUUUCUACUAAUGGUCGAGAUAAAUGCAGAACCAGACUCAAAUCUCCAUGUAUUAGCCUUAUUCCAAAGAGUCCGUCGUUUACUUCAAAAUCUGCGAAAUUGAUUCCUCAGAAGAAAAUCGAACUCUCUAAGGAGCGUAUAAUUGCACAUAUAGAACUCUCUGAUAGCAGUGACUCUGAACCAGAACAAUGCGAAAGGAUUGCUGACAAUAUUCGGAAUACAGAAAGUGUAGUGGGUGUGGUUGGAUUCAAUAGUGAUGACGAUGAUGAUGAGCUAUCAUUCGCAGCUGCAGCUGUUACUUGUGAACUGGAAUGUGACGAUGACGACAUUGAUGACAUUACGAAAAAUUCCGACACUGGAAAGACGAAUACAAAUAUUUCAAGCAACGAAAUUGUUGUCCUACAUUCAGACGAUGAGAAUAUCGAGUUCAUUGAUAAACCGGAAAAAGGGCAAGAAUUGAAUUGGGAAGAUAUGGAUAGACGUGAAAAAGGUCGACAGUUUUUCGAGUGUUAUUUAUGUGGCAAAAAGGUGCAAUCAAGUUAUAAUUUGAGAAGGCACAUGAUGAUACACACAGGUGAACGUCCAUUUGGUUGCGAUAUGUGCGAUCGGAGAUUCCGUGAGUUCAGUGACCUGAAGAAACAUCGCCGCCGACAUUCAAACGAAGCGAAUUUCGUGUGUAUGGUAUGUCGUGUGAAACCGCCCAUGAUUCAAGAUUCAACACGUUGCAAUGAUUGCGAUUCGAAGACAAGUGCAAUAACAGCAGCAAUGCGACCACAACUUUCCGCGUCACCUUCUUCUUUACCAGACAAACCACAAACACCAUCGUUACCGACUCCGUCUCUACCACCACCACCACUCACUGCAAGGCCUUUGCUGUCUACUGAGCGAUUCCAAGAUACACCAGCAGCAACGAGGUACACCUUAAUUGAAAACUCCGCUGAGACAAGCAACAAAGAAAUCCCUAAAGUUAUAGGAAAGUCUACACUAGAUGUUGAACAUUCUACCACUUCCCCGAAGCGCUCAAAUUCUACACCUUUGCCCAGCUCAGAUAUGCCGUCAUUAGUGCCGAUAAAUGCCCCGUUUGCAGUUAAUAAAACAACGCCAAGUAGUACUCAAUUGUUGCUUGACAAUAUUCCUGUGGUUCAUCGACCCAACUAUAACCAGUUGGGUGUUGUAACUCGCAAAGAAUUUCCUUGUCCACUGUGUCAGCGUCCAUUUGGUACGAGGCACAAUCUAAAGCGUCACUUCAUGAUACAUACAGGCGAAAAACCAUUUUCUUGCAAUAAAUGCCGUAAACCGUUUCGAGAAUACUCAACACUAAAGAAACAUAUGGCGACACAUCAACGCGAUCGAUAUUAUAAAUGCCUUCAUUGCCCAAGAAAAUAUCGUGACUACUUGGAGUAUAGUGGGCAUAAGAAAACUCAUGCAAACGAGGAAGAUGAUGAUGAUGAUGAUGACGAUAUGAAUUUUGAUCAGCAACAGUUGAGCUCUUCUAGCACCACGUCCAGUCCACAAAAGAAAAUUAAAAUACAUUGUGACAGUAGCUACGACUCAAACGAAGAAGACUCGUCCAGUGAAGAUUGGCUGGAGUGUUGCGAGUGUAAGCAACGUUUCACAGAAAUCGAGUUGUACACUAAACAUUUGAAAGAACACGAUCAUAUGGUGUAUUUCUACGAAUGUUAUAUCUGCAAAAAGACCUUUGAGCAGCGUGAUGAAUUAAUCGAGCAUGUGAGCGCUUGCAAGGAAGAGUUGCGCGAAACAGCAUUGCAACGUGCUACAUGUUUCAACUAAUAUUUGUAGUUCUUUCAAAAGUGAUUUAACUAUGCAAUAUAUCACCUACAAAAAUUAAUGUUAAUACUCCAGGCGAAUUAGUCUGUCUGCAAACAACAAAUUGAAUUUAGAAAUAUGUAUGUAUAUAAGGUAUUCAAAGUACUUAAACUUUUCUAUAUAAUUGUGUUAUUACAAAUUACUGUUAUACCCAGAAUGAACAUGCAGUUUAACUGUUAUGACUUUUCUUAAAGCAAAGAUCGUUUAUGAGCGAAAUUUUGUCUCACUUCAUUCCAGUGACAUUCCAUUAUAGUAUUUGAUUUUAUAUUUAUGUGUAUUUGUUUAUUUAUAGUAUGAUAAAAUAUUCCAUCCCCAACAAAUUGAAAAAGUAGAAGUAUGAUGAGAUUACGUACGAUAAUAUAUAAGUUAUCGGGGAAUGCAGCUAAAUAUAUCGAUGGAUUUUUGACAAACAACAUUGAUUUAACGGUUUAAUAUACCAUACAUGAACGAGUUUUGUAUUAAAAAAUAUGUAUUCGGUUGAAAUAAUAGCCAUUAUUUGCAUAUUGUGGCUAAGGCAAUUUGGUAGUAAUGUCAAAAAUCCACAUUUAAUUUUUUAACGAUUUGAUCCGAUUUUAGUGCAAUAAGUUCUCAGUAGACGUAAUAUUAGUUAAGCUUUUUACUCCCAUGUUCCUUAAACGGAUAAGACAUACAGCUUUCAUAAUGUUUUCCUCCAGUCUCGAAUGUUGUCACUUACAAAUUAAAAAACAAAAA